GCAACAAUGUCCAGCUGCUAUCGAUCGGUAUGUUCCGGUCGGCAGAACGUGCCACCAUUGCAGCAACUACAGAGGCCGUCAUCAAAUGAGCAUCAAUUAACUCUGACCGCCUGGGCCGGGUUUGAGAACGGUGGCUUCCUGCAUCAGUUCGAGACACGAUUGAAUAGUUCAUGGCGGACAGCUCAGUUCAUCAAGUGGUACGCUGUACUGAUCAACGUUGUCGAAGCGUGUUUUGCCAUACAUGAGAUGAUGGAACGGAAGCGAAAUAAGGAUAUCGGAAAUGGAGCGGGAGGAGGUGGGCUUUUCGGAUUUGUCGGCAGAAACAUGCACCUGAUGAUGGAGAUGGUCAUGUUACAGUCUAACGGGCUCGCUAUUUAUGGAUUAUGGAAGCCAAACAGUAGUCUUCUGCUGCCCUACAUUGUGCUGCACAUCGUCACACUGCUGUUGGAGUUGAACUAUUUCAUAACUCGGACCGCACUCGGUUGGACUUGGAACAGGCAGAAGCAAUCCACGGUGGCUUCAAGUGGACCAUCUCCACGGCCGUCAACAUCAGCCUGGACGCCGGAGCAUGGCACAACGUCGCUGUCGAUGCUGGUUUUUGUUGCGUUUAAUUUGCUGAUAAUGAUCGGAGCAAAAUUUGCCACCACACUGGAUGCUGCAUCAGCCGGCGAUGGCAGCUAGAAUAUGUCCUGUACGUGACCGGGAAGCUUGGACGCUAUUUUUGUGCGCCUACUUUACUAUGCAGUGCUGUCGAGUUGUUUCCACCGACGAUGACCGGAAGCACGAACCAAGCACCAUA